UAUGGCAGCCUCCCCAAAAUGUCUGUGUGCUUCUUUCCUAGCAGAACUGCCCUUGCCUGCUUGCUCUGGGUAUUCGUCUGCGGCGCAUGCCCCCACAACACAGCUAUGUUAUUGUCAAUUCAGUGUCUUUGUCAGUAACCAACGAGGUGGAGGAGGAACUAUACAGUUCUUCCACAGAAGAUGCACUGCCAGCUGGAGGAUACCAUCAGCAUUUGGAAACAAAGCUACCCAGCCUCUACUUUCAAAGAAGAGGACAGAGAGAUGAAGCCCAGGCCUGCGUCAGUCGGAUCCAAGCAGAUAUCUUCUCCCUCCAGAAUGUUCUCAUACAAGAGAGAAAGUAAUGUGGCCACAGAGAGCAGUGGCCCACCAUCAGAAAAUGGCCAGGGAUGCCAGGCUCCUUGCCCACCACAGCAAAUGGGGUUUUCCAUUGCAGACCUACCCUUUGGACAUGUUUUACUCACUAGUGAUGGCCCAAUGGAUAAUGAUACAGGUGACCCAUAUAAAAAAAUGAUACACCAAUGUAAAGGAGACCUCUCCCUCCUUGCAACAAUAGUCUUUGUUACCCUUCACACUAUGCUAAGUCAUGGCUGUGCAAUUGGAGGCUUGAUCAUAGACGAAGAGGAUGAUUCUCAAACCGCUUCCCUAACCCUCACAGGCCAGAUGGUAAUUGUGCCACCAGAAGAAGCAGACUUCGCUAAAAAAGCAUUGUUUUCCAGGUAAUACUGAUCCUGCCCCUGUGUAUAAUCUGCAUCUUAACAAUGGACAGCGUGGAUUUCAUGUCACAUGUAUUCUGUUUGGUUUUAGUCUCUUUUAUUGUUAUAAUUUGUUAUAAUUGAAUGGCCAGUUCACCUUCACAGAUAAUAAAACAUAUGAUCAUUGUUUUCAGUAUUUCAAAAUAGUUUAGUUUCCUUUUUCCAUUCGUAUGUCUCUAAGUAGAAAGUCAGUGAGUCAGGUUGCCUGUAGUUUAAACUAUUUCAAUCGUACAUUAGAUUAUACAUUCCUAAACAGCUGCAGGUACUUCAGUCCUUGUCAAAAAAGCAUCUAUUACAACUGGCACAUUUUUGAAUACUGCUGUGAAAGAUAUCUUCUAAUGGAGAAAAUGUCACAAACAGUUUAGAAGGCAACCUUGCCUACAGAACUUGUGGGAGGGAAAUUAACUAAUUCAUGAACAGGUGGUCAAUGAAAAGGGUUUUGGGUUGAACAUAUGUUUUGCCUGUUUUAAUCACAACCUGUGAUUUUUAUAUCUUGAGCUAAACGGGGAAAUUUGGAGAUUACCCCAUGUCUGGUCCACCCUUCGUUGUGAUUGUUUUGUUAGCAGGAGUCCAUUAUACAUGGAAUUAUUUGUGAAUUGAUAAUUUAAUUAUAUACACUGUCAGAACUAAACCUUGAGUAGACUGCAGGGCCGGAACUAGGGGUAGGCAGAGUAGGCACGUGCCUAGGGAGCAAAG